ACACGUGCGUUGCGUUGUUUUGAUGUUUAUGUUGUUUGAGUUUCAGAAUUUAAAGUAAAUUAUAUUUUCACACUUUGUUACAAAUGAAAAUUCUUAUCUAACCAUUUACCAGAUAUAUUAAAAUGGCUCCAAAGAACUAUCCAUUCAAACGAACCAACAAAACUAUUUACAAAAAGCCUUCAUCCAUCGUAACUGAAGAUGCACUGUACUGGAAGAAACUUGGUUCUCCUGUCCUAGUAAAAGAAUUUGGUGCCAUCGAUUACCUGGACUUCUGUCCGGUAGAACCAUACUAUUUUGCCGCCACAUGCUCUGUCAGAGUACAGAUAUAUGACCCAAUAACUAAAGUAGUAGCUAAGAACAUCUCAAAGUUUGUGGAAGCAGCUUACGGUGGGUCUUUCCGAGCUGACGGUAGACUCUUGGUAGCUGGGAGUGAGGAGUCAGCAGUUAAACUAUUUGAUGUGCAGUCCAAGAGCAUCCUCAGAGUCUUUACUGGUCACAGUGGCCCAGUGCACAGAACCUUCUUCACCAAGGAUCAUGUGAAAAUCCUCAGCUUCUCAGAUGACAAAUCAGUCAGUGUUUGGGACAUUGCAACCGAAGAAAGAAUAGCAAACUUCUCAGAACACUCUGACUAUGUGCGCUCCGGAGCCCCCAGCCCUAUAUCUCCAGACAUCAUUCUCUCUGGUGGCUAUGAUCAUAUGGUCAAACUAUAUGAUUGCAGGUCAAAUGAAACGGUUCUCUCUGUUGACCAUGGAAGUCCCGUUGAGUCAACCUUGUUCCUGCCAUCUGGAGGUAUCUUCAUCAGUGCUGGAGGCACCGAAAUCAAGGUCUGGGAUAUAUUCAAUGGAGGGAAGCUACUGGCCAAUAUUUCUCAGCACCACAAAACGGUUACCACAUUACGUCUUGCAAGCAACAACAGCAGGCUCAUGUCAGCGUCCUUAGACAGGCAUGUGAAGGUGUAUGACACCGCCACAUUCAAAGUCGUUCACAAUAUUGACUUCCCUAAUGCGGUUAUGAGUAUGGCUGUAUCAGAGAAUGAUGAUAUCCUGGCUGUUGGGAUGAUUGAUGGAGUCAUUUCAAUAAGGAAGAGAGACCAGCCAGCUCAAAUAAGCGAAGAAAAAGCUCUGCUCAAGUUUGCACCUGACCAUGUUGACACCGUUGUUGUUAGUAAUGAUGUGAGUGAAAAGGAAGCACAUUUCGACAAGCAUCUACGAAAGAAUGAAUAUAGCAAAGCACUGGCUACUGUUCUAAAGUCCUUUGUUACUGCUAAACAUCCAGAGAAAACUGUAGCAUUACUACAAGAACUUCUAAGAAGGAAUGUACUACAUAUUGCAGUCAGUAAUUUGGAUGAAAAGGGUGUUGGAGGCUUACUACGCUUUGUAACUAAACAUUUAGGAGAAUCUAGAUUCACAAGGACAAUCAUAGACACAAUGAAUGUUUUUACUGAUGUUUAUGAAACGCGAAUCAAAAACUUUUCAGAGUAUACCUUAUCAGUUUACUCCAAAGUGCAGAAGCAAAUUAAUGAAGAAAUAGAAGUUUGUAAAAGGGUUUGUGAACUAGAAGGUGCACUAAGUCUUCUGUUGGCUGGGGCACAGAUAAGUUCUAAGGAUGCUCCAGAAAUUACUACUAUUCUUGAGCCAUCUACUAGGGCCCAGAAAGAUAUUGUUAUUGAUGUUUAGUAUUUAAGAAUAAAUGAAGUAAACUGUU